GGGGGCGGGGUUGUAAACAGGUGUGUGAUAUAAACAGUUAAAGGUGGAGGACAACAGGUGGACUGCAGGACACAAUCACUGUGAUUGGCUGAUCAAUAUACAGGUGGAAGAUGAUCAGGAUGUCAUUGGACAAAGAGACUGUCCUCCCUCACCAGGUCAGCCCCGCCUUCCCCGCCACCAUCAACCUAUCGGAGCAGUCGCAGCUGGCUAAGACCCGCCCCCUCCGACCUAAAAAUGGGCUCCAUCCACCCGGCAACAUCCAGCCCCCCCUCACCGCCUCCGCUCCGUCCACUCAGCGAAUCGCCAAGAGGCGAUACUCCAUGGGCGUCGGCUUCAAGGGGCUGGCCAAGCGCCGUCGCCGCGCCAACAGUGACAGCCAAUCAGAGCCUGUGCUGCCAAGUAACUUCCUGUUGGGCGGAAACAUAUUUGAUCCGCUGAACCUCAACUCGCUAUUGGACGAAGACGUCAACAAGGCGACCAAUCAGGAGACACCAAAGUGCUCGCCCCUGCCAUCACGGGGAGGAGACCCUGUAGAGAUCCUUGUUCCUCGUGACAUCACAGACCCCCUGAACCUGAAGGGAGGGGGCGGGGCCAGGAAGGGGGAGGAGGGAGUCCUGCUGUCCCCCCUGAAGACCAGGAGGAGACACAGGAACAGACACCAUGGAGGGGGAGGAGGGGGAGGAGAGAGGGAGGUGAUACCAGCUCGACUGUUUCCCUCCACAGCUGGACUCACAGUUCCUCUGUUGACCAGAGAGGGCAGUGUUGUAGCGUCUCCUCUCCCCUGUGAACUCAACACGGCCAUCACCUGUCGAGAUGACAUAGCCCCGCCCCCCAUCCUCCCGAGGAGACACACCCACCCUCCGCCAGGCCACACCCACAAGCCUGGUAACCAGAGCGACAGUCGCCAUCGGAGACGGCGCCGAACCACCUCGACGAGGUCGGCAGACACCAACAGCACGGCAACCACCGCUCAGCCAACCAAAUUCCAGACGCCGCUGGUGGGAGGGGCUAAAGCUGGCAGGUGUGGAAGAGCGCAGCCCGACUCCAAUCGGCCACCACAGAAGAAGAAGGACAAACACCGCUACCAGUACGGCAACCACAGCUGUUACUAUGGCUACCACGGUUUCUAUGGCGACAGGUGGGAGGGGCGGGUCGGGGCAGAGGAGGACCCGCGGCUCCGCCUCCUGGAAACCGAUUGGUUCAAAGACAAGAGGGUGCUGGACGUGGGCUGCGGCGCCGGCCACGUCACGCUCGCCAUCGCUCGGAGGUUUGACCCCGCCCACAUCCUGGGGGUGGAGCUAGACGGGCGGCUGGUCCACGCCGCCAAGCAGAACGUCAGACACUUCCUGUCACAUGACCUUGUGGCGGAGGGGAGGAGGGGAGGAGUGACGUCUUCUUCCUCUCCUCCGAGGAAGAGGGAAGAAGGGGAAGGAGGGGGAGGAGGGAGGGAGGAGGAGGUGAAGAAGGAGGUGAUGGAGGAGUUCCAGCAGGCUCUGUCUCUCCUCUCCUUCCCCCUGUCUUUCAGAGUGAGUCGAGGUCCUCUCUCUGCUCCUCCUCUCCUCCUCCCUCCAUCCUCCUCCUCCUCCUCUAGGUUCCCCAGUAACAUCACCUUCAUACAGGGCGACUACGUGUCAGAGCGGGAGGCGUGGCCCGGCCGGGGUCAGUAUGAUGUCAUCGUGUGUCUGGGCGUGACCAAGUGGGUGCAGCUGCAGUCGGGUGACGGGGGCGUGGUCAGGCUGUUCAGACGAGCCUAUCAGAGCCUGUCGCCGGGCGGAUUACUCAUCCUGCAGCCGCAGCCGUGGAGCAGCUACAGCCACAGCAAGAGGGCCUCGGAGUCGACGUACCGUCACUACAGGACUGUGAGACUGAGACCUGAACAGUUCACCUGUUACCUGAUGGACACUGUGGGCUUCACCUCAUAUAGACUGCUCACACACACAGGUAACCAGCGGCCGAUCUACCUGUUCCAUAAAGGCCACGCCCAGAGGAAGUGAGGUCACCAGGACAGGAUGUGACGCCUCUCUCUCUGCAGCACGCGGUCCUCCCGUUUCCACGGCAACAGGCUUGGACGGACCGACAGCCGGAGCUGGCAGCUAAUUGGUCGAGCUGGUUUAAUGACAUCACAGAGGAGGACGGACUCUGAUUGGACAGCAGAGUUUCUGUGGAUGUGAUUGGAUGACAUAAACUCAAGGAGCCAAAGCAAAGGAUUGUGGGUCACAUUGAGUGACCUCAGGUCCUGGACUGUGAUUGGACACUGACAGGAAGUGACACGUCAUUCGCUGUUUGUUUGUUUUUGUGAAAAUAAAGAGAAUUGAUCGACAGCUGA